AUGGCCUCCCUGCUGCGUCAGAUCGUCGCCGGUCCACGCCUAAAACACGAGGAUACAGGGCUAGACCUAUGUUAUGUUACCUCGAAUAUCAUCGCAACAUCCGGACCGUCACAAACAUAUCCCCAACGAGCCUACCGUAACCCCCUCGACCGCUUGGUCGCUUUCCUCGACGAGAAACACGGCGAUGGCUGGUCCAUCUGGGAAUUCCGCGCCGAGGGUACCGGAUACCCGGAUGAAGCGGUGCACAACAGGAUUAGACACUACCCGUGGCCGGAUCAUCACCCGCCGCCGUUUAGACUGGUGCCGAUGAUUACGGCUAGCAUGCGGAAUUGGCUGGAUGGGGUGGAUGAAGGGCCUUCUGGGAACAACAGCGGUUUUACGACGACGACGACGACGACGACGACGACAGAUGACGCAACCAACACGAUAGACGGAAGCCGAAGCGGCAAUGGCAAGACUGAGGCAAACGUGAAUACAGCGAGCAACAACAAGAGACUCGACCUCGACCGCCCCCGCCAAAAAGGCGAGCGCGUCGUCGUCGUCCACUGCAAAGCUGGCAAAGGCCGCUCCGGCACCUCCAUCUGCAGCUACCUGAUCUCCGAGUGCGGCUGGACAGCCGCCGACGCUUUGGCGCGCUUCACCGAGCGCCGCAUGCGGCCCAACUUCGGCAAGGGCGUUUCGAUCCCCAGCCAGCUUCGCUACGUCGGGUAUGUCGACAGGUGGGCCAACGCCGGAACAAGGAAGAAAAAGGUCUACGUGGACAGGCCGAUUGAGAUUGUAGAGAUCCAUGUCUGGGGACUCCGGCACGGGGUCAAGCUGGCCGUGGAAGGGUUUGCGGACGAGGGGAAGAGGAUCGAGACGUUGCAUACGUUUGGGAAGGGGGAGAGGAUUGUGGUGCAGGGGGAUGCGCCGGGCGGAGGCGGGUUGAUGGACAUGUUUUAUGAUAUGGCUGGGUAUGGCGCUGGUAAGGAAAGCAGUUCGGAAGAGGAGGACGAGGAGGUGAAAAAGAAGGAGGUGGUUUCGGGGUUGGAUGGGACGAGAAGUGAUAUUGAUGAUGCAAGUCGGUUGACACCGGGUUCGUCUAGCACGAGCGCGAGGAGGAGUCGGAGUAAGGAAAAGGUCGAGAAAAUGGGCAGCAGGGCGAGCAGCUUGGUGACGAAGCUUUCGGUGCGGAAGAGCAAGGACCAUGAAGAGAAGGAGCUGGAAAAGAAGAAGAGCGCGCUGAGUGGUUCAUCAGCGGCGUCAAGUGAUGGGAGCAUCCCCAAGCUUGGGGAGACCACUGCUGCUGGCAACACGGUACCAGGCAAAGGAAACGGCGGCAAGGCAAAGACCAUCGCGAUGCCAGAAGCCUCGCAAGUUACGAAACUCCCGUCGACAGAACAAAACAUCGUCAGCGAAUAUACGUCCAACAUUAACCCCAUCCCCUCGAAAGCCAGCACCGAGUCCUCUCAAAAGCCACAAAAACCAGUUUUGGCCGAUGAAUCAGAGCUAGGCGGCCAAGCCGUCAUCUUCAAGCCCAAGAAGCCUAUCAUCGUUCCCAACAGCGACGUCAACAUCGACAUCGAACGACGAAGCCGCGCUUCGGCCAGCAUGGGCCUAACCAUGGUCACCUCGGUCGGCCAUGUCUGGUUCAACGCUUUCUUCGAGGGCAAUGGACCGGAACAGGACGGCCAAGCGGAUGAGAGUGGAGUGUUUGAGAUCGAGUGGGAUAAGCUGGAUGGUAUCAAGGGGUCGAGCAGGAAGGGGACUAGGGCUCUUGAGCGGCUGUCGGUUGUGUGGAGGGUUGCUGAGACUGGGAGUGGAACUGGUGGUGUCACUGAGAGUGGUGCUGCUGCUACUGCUGCCGGUGCUGCUGGCGCUGCUGGCGCUGCUGCGGUAGCAAAGGGGGGAGAACAACCCACGGCGGCCGGAGCUGCUAGUUCCGCUGCACCUGAAACAGUCAUCACACAGCCUGGAGACAAGAGCCCUGUUCCUCAGAUGAAGCCUGCUGAUUGGAAGGGGGCUGAUCCUGAACAUCUUCCGAAGGAGAAAGAAUUGGGCUUGAGGGCCGAGACUACAGAAAGCGCGAGUGUCAGUAAGGCCAGUAGUCUGAAGGACCUCGACAUAGUGGAUGAAGGUGGUAAGGGCGGUGAUGAUGACCGUGACGAUGAGUCGUUGGUUGGGGUGAAGACUAGCGAUCCGAAGGGGGAGGAACUCGAUGAAGCCGCUACGCCGAAGGCUACUGCUUGA